GAGCCCUGCGAAAGAACAGACGCUUCCGUCAACGCUUCUUCAUUUGUCAAUGACUGAGACCGUACAACUGAACUGAAAGUGCAGAAACAAACUCACCCAAUAUCAUUUUGGAAUUCUCCAUAUCCUGAGGAGGUUUCGGAGAGAACCAUGAAGUGAGAACCUCCGCGGGAAUGGUGGCCAGACUGUUGCUGGACAGAUCCAGAAGCCGAAGGUUAGGCAUGUCCCUCAGACACUCCCACGGGAAGGAAGUGAGAACGUUCCCAUCUAUCCGUAAUUCGUCCAAGGCAUGAAGUCCACGGAAACCGUCCACGCUGAGGGAGGAAAGCGAGUUGAAGGAUAUCCACAGGUACUCCAGGCUACUGAGGUAAUGAAAGGUUUCGCUGGUGACGCGGCUGAUGGCGGUUUUCUCGAUGCGGAGUUUGGAGGUGUCCGACGGAAAGUUGUUUGGGAUGACAGUGAGGUCGGGGUCGUUACACAGGACGCUCCUAUAAAAACACAUCACACGGGUCAAGUACUACCUCCUUUCGUUGACAUAUUUGAUGAGGCCAGUCACGUCAUCACAAUCAAACACAAAUAACAGUUUUGCACUUUGAAAUGACAAUCAACAUUUGUAUAAUGUAGUGCUGAGACAUAUUUCUUUUGACUACCUUUUAUUUCUGAUCUUACUUUUACUGUGUAUUUUUAUCAUGAUCAUUACUCUGUGUGUGUGUGUGCGCGCUAGAGGCCUGAAACAUCCUGCAACUAACAAGCAGAGAAGAUUAAAAAGCACACACACGUUAAUCCAGUGACUAAAUAAAGAGCAGAGACAAUCUGGCAUGUCAAUAGUCUGCAGACAACGGUCCACAUGAGACUUUUCUACAGGAUGGUACCAGUCCAGUACAUGAAAGUCCAUGUGAAAUCUUACCUUGACUUGGAGCCGUCGCUCAGUUUGUGGUAGAAGCAGCUGCAUUGAGCAGGACAGGUGCUGCAAAGCAACGGAAAGCAGCACAGCACCAGCGCAAAAGCCCAAAACGCACGGCCGGACGCAAAAACCCAAAAGCCCAAAACACACAUCUUCUACGCUCUGGCUUCUAGCUACUGUCCGAAUGUUUUGUUAAUCACGCAGCAUCUCUGUGUCUCUCUCAAGCACUUUCUGCUCGCUCUGCUCCGAAUCCCCAGAUAAAAAGGAUAGAGCAGAUUAGAGGAAGGACUAGGGGUAUUUUCAUUUACACGAUUAUUCCUUCCUGGAAGCCCAUAGGCUGUGCGGUUGUCUUUUGUAUAUAUACAGAACGGACAUUUCUUUUUUUGAUUGGAAGGUUAAUUUUAGACCUGGGAUUGGACAACAGUUUGUGAAUUCACAGCAUUUUAUUGGUGAAUGGCUUUGUUUUACUUGAUUUUUUACCAGACAUACCAAAAGUAAAUCAUGCUGUGGGGAGGAAAUGUCCUAUUUUUUUGUGAUGGUGCUUUUUAAAGGUUACUUCAGUUUUAUAAUAGACAUAGAGAUGAAAAAUCAGGUUAUUCUAUACAUGCAAAACAUCAAUGUUGUUAGUUUGACCCUUGGCUCCAUACAUCGAAACUGCAAGUGAUUCAAGGAUGAGCAUGAAUAUUCACGUUUGGCAUAAAGCUCAGUGUUUAUGAUGCAUUAAAUUGAUGCCUAUUUCAUAUUUUUUCAGACAUAAUAUCUUUUCUAUUGUAUCAACUUCAUUCACAGUCCAAGUUAUAGUGGUUACCUAAUAUUAUAAUCUUUAUUGCCUGUCUGGUCUAUAAUGCGUGUAAGACUAAAUAAAAAAUGCUCAUGGCGAUACUUUAACAUAUUAAAAAAGCAGCGUAUGUAAGCAUUUAGAACACCUGGUGGCAGUAUUGAGCAAAAAUCUUCAUUUGGGACAAUACCAACAUUUGUGCGUAUGUUUGUUCAAAAUAUAUAUAUAUGUGUAUAUAUAUAUUGCUUAGUACAUACAAAAAUAUUUCUAUAGCAUAACAAAUAUUGAUUAUAUUUGUUUACAUUUUGUGUCAAAAAAAGGAAAUGAGGUCCAGAGUUCAUAAUGGAUCUCCACACCAAUCACCGUGUUCAAUCUAAAAAUAAACUCACUUAUAUAAACAGAUCAGAGUAUAGAGAGCUAAUAUCGGAGUUCUCAGGCUCAUUCAGUGCUGUAUAUUUUAAAUUAUUCGUUUAACAGACAUUUUUAUCAAAGCAACUGAAGCAACAACAAUCGAAUCAUCCUGAGGAGAAAGAACAAACGCUGCUCUGAAAUGUUUUGCUCUGCGCUCUUUAGAGAGUUUAGAGAGAUUACAGUGAACACAUGAAGUGUAUAUUAUUUCCCAAUGGCAUUAACCUCUGAAAUCUGAGAACAAAGAAUUUCUUUCCCAACUGCAAGCUUUUGCACCCGAACAUACUGUGGUGAGACCAGCACAUUAUACCUCAGACAUUUCUUGGAGUUACUUUGUUGUUGCUUCUGUUAUAGUUGCUACAAUUUCAUUGCACCUCAGCUUUUAGAAUACAGUGGGGGGUUUUUUAUCGCUUCUCAAGCAUAUAAUCGUAACAACAACACAUUAAUAAAAAUGUAGUAAAAUUAAUGGUCUGGUUUCAUAGGGUUUAGCCUAAAAGCCAGGAUUAGGUCAUAGUUCAAUUAGGACAUUUAAGUCAUUUUUAUAAACGUGCCUUAGGAAGAAAAAAAAAAAAAAAAAAAAAAAAACAACAUUAAUGGUGUGCAUGUUGAGACAAAAAGGCAGUGAUAUAUUUUAAGAUCAGCCAGAUGAAACAGCUCAGACUUAUAUUUUAGUGUAGGACUAGGGUGAAGUCGGGGGUAUGAGUUUUAAGAAGAACGUGGCAGCAGAUUAUAAUCUAUUUCCUACUGUUUUUUAUGAUGGACACAAACAUUUCAUUUACAAGUAUUGGGAAUUUUGGAUGAGCUGGCUGUGGAAUUACAAUUAAACUCCUUCAUGACAAUGACACUUCAGUGAUAGACAGGCUCAUAAUAUAAAAGCACUGAUCACUUGUACAAAUAUUUUGCAGCUACGGUAUUUUGUGAGGCAUUAUAUUUCAUGGUUGUUUACGCGUGUAAGUUAGGGUUAGGGUUAGGGUUUUUUUGUUUUGUUUUUAAGCAACAGUAAAGCUAUGGAGUCGUAAAAGGAGGAAUGUGAUCGUGUCCGGCUCUUAAUGCGCAGUUCAGACGCACGACUGAGGCGAAUGAGCGCAGCAGAUCUGAUUUCACAAACUUUUGCGGUAUUAAAACAUUCUUGCGGGGAUUUUAGAGGCUUUAAAUCUCGCACAGGAAAUAAACAGACAUAUAAAGGCUCGCAAUUGUAACGCAGCGGUCAGCAGCGACAAAUAUCUUGGAAAAUGGCUUCAUACACGUUACCGGAGGGAUUCAGUGAUUUUGACAUGUUCGCCUUCGGCUCCGCGCUGCUGGUCGGCGGUCUUCUCGGUUUCUUCCUUAACUUCAUCUCGGUCGUGGCGUUCCUCAGAAUCCGGGAGAUGCAGACGCCCAAUAACUUCUUCGUCUUUAACCUGGCUGUGGCUGAUCUGAGCCUCAACCUUAACGGUUUAGUGGCUGCUUACGCUAGUUACCUGAGAUACUGGCCGUUCGGGUCGGAGGGCUGUCAGAUUCACGCUUUUCAGGGAAUGGUGUCGAUUCUUGCCGCCAUCAGUUUUCUCGCUGCCAUUGCUUGGGACAGAUAUCAUCAGUACUGUACCAAGCAGAAGAUGUUUUGGAGCACGUCUGUGACCAUGAGCUCCAUCAUCUGGAUUCUGGCCGUGUUCUGGGCGGCUCUGCCGCUGCCGGCCAUCGGCUGGGGCGUCUUUGACUUCGAGCCGAUGAAAACAUGCUGUACGCUCGACUACACGCUGGGAGACCGGAAUUACAUCAGCUACAUGCUGUCCAUCACUGUACUGUAUUUAGCAUUUCCUGUUAUCAUUUUGCAGUCGUCCUACAAUGCCAUCUAUGCAUAUUUCAAAAAGACGCACCACUUUAAGUUUAACACCGGUUUACCUCUGAAAGCGCUGUUGUUCUGCUGGGGUCCGUACGUACUGAUGUGCACGUACGCCUGCUUUGAGAACGUCAACCUCGUUUCACCAAAGCUCAGAAUGGUCCUCCCGGUGCUCGCUAAGACGUCUCCAAUCUUCCACGCCGUCCUGUACGCGUUCGGUAACGAGUUCUACCGUGGAGGAAUCUGGCAGUUCCUCACUGGGCAGAAAUCUGCAGACAAAAAGAAAUAGGAGCGAUCUUCAGCCAUGUGAUGUUGUAUUCAGAUGAGUCUGUGAGAGUUUACCCAUGAUGUGACCGUAAUUCAGUGUAUAUGUCAAAUCAGUGCCUAACACAUUUGGAGAUAUUUGUCUGGAGUUUCACUUAAUGAUUACUGAAGAACGACAGAUGAAGCCUUAUUUCAGUAUCCUGGCGUGUGAGAGAUGACUCGCACAGUUCAUUCAGGACACGAUAAUUCAGCAGUUUCACUGGUUUUGCCUCAUUGUUGCUGUUGACCAAUGCAUCAGAAUACAGUAUUCUUGUGUAAAUCUAUGAAGUAAGAGGAUUUUUCUAACCAAAACUUGAAACCAGUGAAUGAACCGCUAAUAACAAAAGGGCCUUUCACUGUUAAUCCACAGAAUAAAGCGUGAGGCACAAGA